AUGGAAACGCUGGGACUACUGCUCCUCCUGGCUGCAGCGCAUGCCUUCGCCCUGCCACUGCCUGCAGGGGACACACAGAGGGAGACGGACAGUCGACCGUUGGCUGAGAAAUACUCACGGCGAUUCUACAACCUUCCUCCUGGACUCCAUGGGGCACAGGGCACCAUGGAUGGCAUGAAGCAGAGGAUUCGGGAGAUGCAGGCUGUCUAUGGGCUGGAGGUGACAGGGAACCUGGACACCAACACCCUGGAUGAGAAGAACAAGGCCCGAUGCGCAGAUCCCAGCAUGGGCCCUGACAACACUUUAAAAUGGAAAACCACCAAUUUAACCUUCCGAAUUGAAAACUACACUCCAGAUCUUCCACAGUCAGAGGUGGACAGAGCCAUCAGUAGCGCUUUUGCAGUGUGGAGUGACGUUACGCCUCUGGUUUUCAGUCGGGUGGAAGAAGGCCCAGCUGACAUCCUCAUCAGCUUCAGCAGGAGAGAUCAUGGAGAUGGGAGUGAGUUUGAUGGCCCAGGGAACCUGCUGGCUCAUGCCUUCCCCCCAGGCAAGAACAUGGGCGGAGAUGUCCACUUUGAUGAAGAUGAGACCUGGUCAACAGACACCACUGCCUCCUCUGUGGAAUACAACCUGUUUUGGGUGGCAUGCCAUGAGUUUGGUCACGCCCUCGGCCUCUCCCACUCCAAAGACCCUGGAGCUCUGAUGUUUGCAAUGUAUGUCUAUUCUGAGGGGUUCCCCCUCAACGAAGACGAUGUGCAGAAGAUCCAGGCACUGUACGGCCCGAACCCCAAUCCCCCAACGGUCAAACCCAAGCCUGAAGCUCCAGGGCAGUGUGACCCCAAGCUGACUUUUGAUGCAAUAACUGUCCUCAGGGGGGACAAGAUCAUUUUCAAAGACAGGUACUACUGGCGUUUGCACCCUCAGUCUGUUGAGCCUGAACACCAUCUGAUCAGACACACGUGGUCCUUCCUGCCACAGAAGGUUGAUGCCGCGUAUGAAUACUGUGACGCAGACAGAGUCAUCAUUUUCAGAGGCAUCAGGAUGUGGGCCCUCAAUGGAUACACUCUGGACGAAGACUAUCCAAAAUAUAUCCACAAGCUGGGCCUGCCCAAAAGCGUGCGCAAAGUAGACGCUGCUGUGUACAUUCCAUCCUCAGGAAAAACCCUGCUCUUCACAAAGAAGACAUACUGGAGCUAUGAUGAGCGCAGAGGCAAGAUGGACGCUGGCUACCCGAGAUCCAUAGAGGAUGACUUUCCCGAUGUCAGAGGCCGAGUGGAUGCUGCCUACUAUGAACACGGGUUUCUGUAUUUCUUCGCCAAGGACAUGCAGUUCGCUUACUCCUACAACACAAUGAGGUUCAUGCACAUGGACAGAGCAAAUGCCCUUCUAAAAUGCUGA